AUGAAGUUGGGUUGUAAAUUAAUCAAUGGCGAUGGAGAUUUAUGGUGUAGAGUUUUAAGAGGGAAGUAUAAACUAGAUGGUGUUAGCAAUAACCUAGAAGCUAAGAGUUAUGACUCAAAGCUUUGGAAGGCAAUAGUUUCUACAUAUCCAACUUUGAUGGAAGCUAGUAUUUGGAAUGUGGGUAAUGGGAAUUCUAUACAUGCUUGGGAUGAUAAUUGGAUAUCUAGAGGCAAGAAUAUUUCAGAAAAUCUUAUAAGUAUACCUCUUUCUUUAAGAGAUGCUAAGGUGAGUGAUAUUGUGGGAUAUAAUGGUGACUGGGACUGGGAGUUGCUUGUCUGGCUUCCAAAUGACUUUAAACUCUAA